AUCCUAAUGUUACGCGCCUCACGCGCGAGCAGACCAUACGCCCGUAUCCACUCAGGUGCCAACUGUUCGUCGUCCAAUCAGCCCGAAGCUGGAGGCUCGUGUCGCACAGUGCCCACCUCUGACGUUGACCAAUGGAAAUAUCAAUCCACAUUUUCUCCCCCGCCUCUGUGUCUCUCCUCUCCUUUCUCCCUCCUCCCUCUCACCCACUUCUUCAUUUUCUCUUUCCCAAACCUCCAAACCCUAACCCUAGCACCUUCCCGAUUACUCCAUAGUCGAACCAAACUCUGCCUCCCGAGCCAGGAAACCGAGGACCCCAACCCUAGCUCUAACAAUAACCUCAAAUUUUUUUACUGCAAAUACUCUCCGCUGAACAGUUUUGGAUUUGGUUUUCUAUGGAUUCUCAAGCGAACAACCUCUUCGAGACGGCGUCGCAGCCCGAUACCGGAGGCGACGCCUACACGUUUCUCGAAUUCAACACGCAGGGGGAGGACUUUGAUUACCCUGAAUUCUCCGAGCUUUCGCAGCCGAUCAGGUCCUCUUCCGUGUGGCCGACGCCAUCUGAUUCCGUUGCGGACCCCACAGACCGUAGCGUCAGUGGUUCCGAUCAUCAGUCGGAUGCAUCGCCGGUCUCCGCCGCCCCUGGUAGCGCCACCAAGGCCAGGGGCGGUGCCAGUGGUGGCGGCAGUAGCAGUGGCGCCGUUGAUGCUCUGGCGGCCGGCAUGAGUGGGUUGAACUUCGAGGAGACUGGGGACGAUGAAAAUUAUGAGUACGGUAAGGGGGAUUUUACGGAGCACGCGUGUCGGUACUGCGGGGUGCAGAACCCGGCUUGUGUUGUGAGGUGUAAUGUGCCUUCUUGUCGCAAGUGGUUUUGUAAUUCGCGAGGAAACACUUCUGGUUCGCACAUAGUCAAUCACCUGGUUCGAGCAAAGCAUAAGGAAGUUUGUCUUCAUAAAGACAGUCCUUUGGGAGAAACAAUUCUUGAAUGCUACAAUUGUGGGUGCCGAAAUGUUUUCCUUCUUGGAUUUAUCUCUGCAAAGACGGAGAGUGUUGUUGUUCUUCUUUGCAGGGAACCUUGCUUGAGUGUUAAUGCAUUGAAGGACAUGAAUUGGGACCUGAGUCAGUGGUGUCCCCUUAUUGAUGAUAGAUGUUUUCUGCAGUGGCUUGUUAAGGUCCCAUCUGAACAGGAGCAGUUACGGGCACGCCAGAUCAGCGCUCAACAAAUAAACAAGGUAGAGGAACUUUGGAAAACAAAUCCUGAUGCUUCGCUAGAAGAUCUUGAGAAACCUGGUGUUGAUGAUGAGCCUCAACCUGUAGCCUUGAAAUAUGAAGAUGCCUAUCAGUAUCAAAAUGUAUUUGCACCGCUUAUCAAGCUUGAAGCUGACUAUGAUAAAAUGAUGAAAGAAUCUCAAAGCAAAGACAAUGUGACGAUACGUUGGGAUAUUGGUCUUAACAAGAAACGCAUAGCAUAUUUUGUUUUUCCCAAGGAAGAUAAUGAGCUACGUCUUGUACCUGGCGAUGAGUUGCGUUUACGUUACUCUGGAGAUGCUGCUCAUCCAGCAUGGCAAUCAGUGGGGCAUGUGAUCAAACUCACUGCACAAGAGGAGGUUGCACUUGAGCUUCGUGCCAGUCAGGGAGUCCCUGUUGAUGUAAACCAUGGUUUCAGUGUUGAUUUUGUAUGGAAGAGUACCAGUUUUGAUCGGAUGCAAGGGGCAAUGAAAACUUUUGCCGUGGAUGAAACAAGUGUCAGUGGGUAUAUUUACCACCACUUGUUGGGUCAUGAAGUUGAGGUUCAGAUGGUUCGUAAUACGCUACCUCGCCGUUUUGGUGCACCUGGUCUCCCAGAGCUUAAUGCAUCUCAAGUUUUUGCCGUAAAGAGUGUCCUUCAAAAACCAAUAAGUUUGAUUCAGGGUCCACCUGGAACUGGAAAAACCGUCACAUCUGCUGCAAUUGUAUAUCACAUGGCCAAACAAGGUCAAGGGCAGGUUUUGGUUUGUGCUCCAAGUAAUGUGGCUGUUGACCAACUAGCUGAAAAGAUAAGUGCCACAGGAUUGAAGGUUGUCAGGCUCUGUGCAAAAUCCAGGGAAGCAGUUAGUUCUCCUGUGGAGCAUUUGACUCUUCACUAUCAGGUUCGACACCUUGACACAUCUGAAAAGAGCGAACUUCAUAAGUUGCAGCAAUUGAAAGAUGAACAAGGAGAAUUAUCCAGCAGUGAUGAGAAGAAAUACAAAGCUCUGAAGCGAGCGACAGAGAGGGAAAUUUCCCAGAGCGCUGAUGUAAUUUGUUGUACAUGUGUUGGUGCUGGAGAUCCUAGAUUGGCAAAUUUUAGAUUCCGCCAGGUACUUAUUGAUGAAUCUACUCAAGCAACUGAGCCUGAAUGUCUCAUUCCUCUGGUUCUUGGAGUGAAGCAGGUUGUUCUUGUUGGUGACCAUUGCCAGCUUGGUCCCGUCAUUAUGUGCAAGAAGGCUGCUCGGGCCGGGUUGGCUCAGUCUCUCUUUGAACGCCUUGUGCUGCUUGGUGUGAAGCCAAUACGAUUACAGGUUCAGUACCGCAUGCACCCAUCCCUGUCAGAAUUCCCUUCUAACAGCUUCUAUGAAGGUACGCUGCAAAACGGAGUGACCAUUAAUGAAAGGCAAUCGUCAGGCAUUGAUUUCCCAUGGCCAGUGCCAAACCGCCCAAUGUUCUUUUAUGUCCAGAUGGGACAAGAGGAGAUCAGCGCCAGUGGAACAUCCUAUCUUAAUAGAACAGAGGCUGCCAAUGUUGAAAAAAUUGUAACCACUUUCUUGCGGAGUGGUGUAGUUCCUAGUCAGAUAGGGGUGAUUACUCCAUAUGAAGGACAGAGAGCAUAUAUUGUGAAUUAUAUGUCGAGAAAUGGUGCUCUUAGACAGCAGCUUUACAAGGAAAUUGAGGUGGCUAGUGUAGAUUCUUUCCAAGGGAGGGAAAAAGAUUACAUUAUUUUGUCUUGCGUAAGGAGCAAUGAACAUCAGGGUAUUGGGUUUCUGAAUGAUCCUCGUAGGUUGAAUGUUGCACUCACUCGUGCUCGUUAUGGUAUCGUUAUCCUGGGUAAUCCAAAGGUUCUGAGCAAACAGCCGCUAUGGAAUAGCUUAUUGACACACUACAAGGAACAUGAAUGCUUGGUGGAAGGACCUCUGAAUAACUUGAAGCAGAGUAUGGUUCAAUUUCAAAAGCCGAAAAAGAUCUACAACGAUCGUAGGCUUUUCUUUGGCGGAGGACCUGGAAUAGUAUCUAAUGACCCAGUUGCCUCAUCAAGUCCACAUGCUGAUAGAAGAAGCAGUCGUUCCAGGGGUUCUUAUAUGCCAUCGUGCCCACCAAAUGGUACUCAUAAGCCUGGACUACACCCUGCUGGUUUUACAAUGCCUCGGGUUCCCCUUGCACCAUUUCAUGGCGGUCCCCCAUCACAGCCAUAUGCUAUUCCAACUCGUGGGGCUGUACAUGGGCCAGUUGGAGCUGUUCCUCAUGUUCCUCCCACAGGUAGCCGGGGAUUUGGUGCUGGGCGUGGUAAUGCUGGCACUCCAAUAGGCAGUCAUCUUCCACACCAGCAAGGAUCACAGCAAGCCAUUGGAAAUAUUGCAUCAAAUUUCAACUUUCCUGCAUUGGAGAAUCCUAAUAGCCAGCCAUCUGUGGGCGGUCCAUUAUCUCAACCUGGAUUUGUUGCCAAUAUGCCAGUUCAAGGACCAAACCAAUCAUUUCGUGAUGGUUUUUCCAUUGGAGGAAUGUCUCAGGAUUUCUUGGGUGAUGAUUUUAAAAGCCAAGGAUCUCAUGUUCCUUAUAAUGUUGCAGACUUCUCUACACAGGCUUCUCAAAGUGGAUAUGCUGUCGAUUAUGUUACACAAGGAGCACAAGCUGGUUUCCCUGGAAACUUUCUGAACCAGAAUUCUCAAGCAGGAUAUUCACGUUUUGGUAGUGGAAAUGAUUUCAUGUCUCAGGACUAUAUGACUCAUGGAUCACAAGCUCUAUUCACACAGGUGGGCUUUAAUGACCCAUCACAAGAUGAUGCUUCUCAAGCCCACUUUGGAGUGACGAAUCCCAACUCUCUUCAGUCUCAGGGCCUGAUGAAUCCUCUCUACUCUCAGCCCUUUGCCCACUACAGUACUCAGCCAGUGAACAUGCAGGCUCCACAACAAUCACCCCAACAGGGCCAAAGCUCUCAAAACCAAAAACUACACUACAGUGGUUGAGAGACCAGGGGUGAGUUUGAAUAUGUGAUGGGUUAUAGUUUUGCAUCCAGCAACCUGGUGUGUGCUGUCACGCCCUAAAAUGCAGUUAAGGUUUGCCAUUUUCUUGAGGCAGCUGAUUCUUUCCAAAACCCAAUAUCAUGUGAUACCAAAUGGUGGAAAUCAAUUAGUUUGAGAUGGCAAAUGGCUGUGGAUCUCCAAGAAAGCACGGGCGGCACACCUGGGGCAGAGGAAGAGAAGAAUAACCCUGUCGGCUUGAAGUUGUGUAUUGUUUUGGAUGGUGAAAUCAGUGCAAGCAAGGGAGCAUUACAUGGAAUGGCUUUGUCGAAAGGGUUGGGGUUAUGAGGAAGCAGACCCAUUUGCUUUGGUUGACUUUAACACAGGAAGCCCACUUUACUCGUACAGAACAGUUUUACCAAUGGGAAUUUUUGUACAGCAUAUGCGGAGGAAGUGAAGUCACCUAACCCUUUCAGCUCAUCCUGACAUGUACUUAUACUCUAGAUAAUUAUUAUUGAAUAGACGGUGACGAUAUCCUAUAGUUAAAUCUCAGCUACGGUGUUGCUACCUUUUAGGCCUUGAAGAUAUAUAUGAAGUGUGAUUACUGAUUU